CAAGCAAUCAAUUGCCUCUCACUACGUUCCUCCAGUCUCUAACUUCUUGCUCCCCAUUCUUCUAUUCUCGCAAAUAGAGCCAGAAGUUAUUGCUGUGAUUAUGUCGCUUGACGAAGAGAGUCUCGAGACAGCCGCCAACGGUGGUACCAUAGAUUCCUCGAAAUGGCUCAACCUUGUCGAACCGCUCCUUGAGCGACUCCAACAUAACGUCUACAAUGCGUUCCCCAUGCCCCGAGUGCCCGCAGCACCAGCGCAACCACCUAUGCUCCCCUCCGCCGCCACCAUCCUAGCCCAUGAUCCUACCACUACCACAAACAACAGCACCAGCGCCAGCAACAGCGCCGACACGACCAAUCCCCCCAACCUUCAAACCCCACCGCGACCGACAGCCACCUCCCCAACCACGACGCCUCUAUCCAGUAGCGAACGCAUCCCGGACUCCCAGCCAGGCCCAUCCUCCUCCUCCACCAACGCAUCCGCCCUCCCGGCGCCACUCGACCAUCUCCUGACAGCCAUCUCCACCAACAUCCGCACGCUCUUCGCCUCCAAACCGCCCCACACCAUCCAGCGCCUCGCAGAGCUCAUCCUCCGUCCCACGGCGCACUAUCGGACUCUCCCGGCGUACCUCCGCGCCGUCGACCGCGUCGUCUCCGUCACCAGCCCCGCGGAUAUCUUCCCCUUCCAGACCACCACCGGCACCCAACAGCCAGUGCUGCCCCACCACCAACAGCCCAACGGCACCCUCAACGGCAGCGCGGCGGCGGCGGCGGCGGCAGCAGCAGCCACCGAACCGAGCUUCAUGUUCUCCGUCGACAACGCCCUGGGCAGCGACGAGUCGCUCGGCGGGGCGCUCCUCACCCCGAUCCCGUGGUUGCACAACGCUGCGUCUUCCCCCGACGGGGAUGGCUACCAAGAAACUGCAAGUGGCGGCAUCGUGGGUGUGAUCGGGCAGAGUGAGACUGGCUUUGCGGCGGCGGCGGAGACUACUACAAUCGGCUCAGGGGGUGGUGGUGGUGGUGGUGGUGGAGGGGAGCCUACGACCGCCACGACGACGGGGGAGAUCGACCCUGAGAAUGAGGUGAUGGGCGGGAUGGAGUCGGUGCCUGCCGAGCCACUCGUGGAGGACAUUCCGCAUGCGCGGGGUCCGCCUGUCGUUGGGGUCGAGGAUCUGGGGUUACAGGACGGGAAGGGGGUGGAGAUGAAUCUCGAUGGCGCGGCGGAGAGCGGCCAGCAGCAGCAGGAUCAAACUCAGAAGGAGAGCCAGGAGUCGGCUGCGAGUCUGCAGGGUGGCCCGCAGCAGCAGGAACAACAGUCGAGUCGAGGAGAGGGCCGGGCUCAGGAAGGCAAUGCUAAGCCUGGUACAGAUGGCGAUGGAGACAUUGCGCUGGAGGAUGCGAAGGCAGAAGAAGUGUCUGCGACAAGCGACAAGGACCAGCAGCACCAGAAGCAAGGUUGAGAGGGGCUGCGGGUAAUAGCGGAAGCCGAUUGGCGUCUAUCUGUGUCAAACUUCAAACUAUGAUUUAGCAUUGCAUGCAUAUUCAUGAC